CAGUUCCGCCAUGGCUGCCGAGGAAGCGAGUCGUAGCUCUCCUAGGUCUCGGCGGGAGCCGAAGGGGCGAGCCUCGCGGCAAGACAAGUAUUCGGUGCUUUUGCCCACGUACAACGAGCGCGAGAACCUACCGUUCAUCGUGUGGCUGCUGGUGAAGAGCUUCUCCGAGAGUGGCUUCAACUAUGAAAUUAUAAUCAUAGAUGAUGGAAGCCCAGAUGGAACAAGGGACAUUGCUGAGCAGUUGGAGAAGAUUUAUGGGUCAGACAGAAUUCUUCUAAGGCCACGGGAGAAAAAGUUGGGACUAGGAACUGCAUAUAUUCACGGGAUGAAACAUGCCACAGGCAACUAUAUAAUCAUCAUGGAUGCUGACCUCUCACACCAUCCAAAAUUUAUUCCUGAAUUCAUUAGGAAGCAAAAGGAGGGUAAUUUUGACAUUGUCUCUGGAACUCGCUACAGAGGAAAUGGCGGUGUAUAUGGCUGGGAUUUGAAAAGAAAAAUAAUCAGCCGUGUGGCCAAUUUUAUAACUCAGAUUUUGCUGCGACCAGGAGCAUCUGAUUUAACAGGAAGUUUCAGGUUAUACAGAAAAGAAGUUUUACAGAAAUUAAUAGGAAAAUGUAUUUCUAAAGGCUACGUCUUCCAGAUGGAGAUGAUUGUUCGAGCAAGACAGCUGAAUUAUACUAUUGGUGAGGUUCCAAUAUCAUUUGUGGAUCGUGUUUAUGGUGAAUCCAAGUUGGGAGGAAAUGAAAUAGUCUCUUUCUUGAAAGGAUUACUGACUCUUUUUGCUACUACAUAAAAGAAAAUUAUUCAUUUAUACUUAAUCCUGUGCAAUUCAGUGUAAACAUGGAAAAAGCCUGGUUGCUGAUUUUUAUAAAAUGUACUCUUAGAACAUAAAUCACAAGGUAAGGCAAGUCUAUUUUCUGGAGAAAGUCCCAUUUUAUAUGUCAAAUUAAAAUGAGCAGUGUUCUCGGUUUUCGUUUACAUUUUGUUGUAUUAAGACCUAUAAAUAAAGGUAUAUGGAAUUU